CCUCUCCGGGCUGCAGGACGGUCAGGGCAGCAACCCGAGCAGCAGCAACAGCAGCCAGGACUCUCUGAACAAAGCGGCCAAGAAGAAAAGCAUCAAGUCCUCCAUCGGACGCCUCUUUGGGAAGAAGGAGAAGGGCCGACCCAGCAUCCCCGGCAAGGACUCCCCCAACCAAGCUGGCACUCCUGAGGCGGAGGGCUCUCCUAAGGACGGUUUAGGGAUGGGCACCCUGGGGGGUCCUGCAGAGAAGAACAGGAAGCUGCAGAAGAAGUGAGUGUCCUCUUUUGAACAGAGUGAAAUAAUUGUUCUGUGGUCAACCUUCUACAUAAUGUAAAAUAACACAAAAUGUUUUUUCUCCAGCUGUGGACGUGCCUAGCUCUCAUAUGUGUCUGUCGCUCUGAUGACAAUUUGUUUCAGUAAAAGGAGAAAUUAAGAAAAAUGCAGUUUGUAGACUGUAUACUUUUGUUUCCUCACUGUCUUUCAGAUCGGCAAUAAGAAAUGAGUUUUACAUCAAAUGCACGAACGAGACUCUGGUUUCCCCAAGUGCUUUAAAGAGUGAUUUAAGUGCCUGUAAAGCUUUUUAUUUGUGUUAAUAUGAAAGGAAAACAUAUUGACUAUAAUGUAGUCUGAAGUCUUAAAAGUAAAUACAGCAGCUACUUGAAAUUGAAAAGGGUUCCUGUUUAAUUUUUAUUUAAUAAUUACAAUUUGAAGACAUAUCUGUCGUGGAAAUGUUAUAACGUGUCCUGGAAACAGGAUGCCUAUAGAGUGGUGCAGGGAUGACGGAGUUUUGUAUGCCGACCCUGAAGGCAUCAUCUCCUGGUUCAUGGGAUUUCUCCAUGUUAUUUUAAAUUAUUGCAGAAGAUAAUCUGAAACGCUUAUGACGCUCGUUCAGCAGGAUGAUCUCCAUAUAUGAACACCACUUUAUGAUCUUUUUAAGCAGCUAUAAAGGAACUACAGCACGGUCACAUGAC